CUAAUACAUCAGUAAAUCAAAACUGAUUAUAACGAAAGCUUAGAACACAUUCUUCUUUAUAACGAGUUGAAAAUGGGAAAUAGGACAGUACUGCUUCUAGUGCUGGUACUUUUCUCGACACUAGUGGCCUCUGUUGCUGGCUAUGAAUAUGAAGGAAGAAGAGAAAGAGAAGAAGAAGAAGAAGAAGAAAGUGAGCAAAGAACACAAGGAGAAAAAUGGUUCUUGCUGCGUCAGUUACAUGAUGUUGUGAAAACUGAUGCUGGGUCGAUGAGAAUGGUGAAGGGUGGCUACUGAAGGGGUUCAUUUCUACAUAGUCCAAUGCAUAUUGGUUUCAUCUCCAUGGAACCUAAUAGUCUCUUCAUCCCUCAGUACCUUGAUUCCGAUCUUGUCCUCUUUGUUGAUCACGGGGAAGCAAGAGUUGGGCACAUCUAUAGGGAUGAAUUAGCAGAAAGGCAUUUGAAGCAUGGAGAUGUGUACACAAUACCUGCUGGAUCAGCUUUCUAUUUGGAAAAUAGAGCUGAAAAAGAAAGACUUCGCAUUAUUUGCAGCAUUGAUAUUACCUCAGAAUCCAUGGGAUGGCAUGCUUUCCAGUCUUUCUUCAUUGGUGGUGGAAUUCAUCCAGCAUCCGUUCUUGCUGGAUUCGAUCAUAACACAUUAUCAACUGCUCUUAAUGUCUCGACAGCAGAACUAAGGAGGUUCUUGACCAGGCAAUCUUCCGGACCAAUCGUGCAUUUAUCUGGUUCUCAUCACACAAACGUUUGGACCAAAUUCGUCACCCAAGAAUCCCUUCAGAAAUUAGCUCACUUGAAGAGGAUUGUGAAUUUGGAGGAAGAAGUUAGCCCAAAAGAGGAGGAAUCUACAUGGUCAUUGAGGAAAUUAUUGUGUGCUUUAUUAAACAGAAAAGAUGUAAAGAGAGUGAAUCACAAUGCUCCAUCAGCGUACAAUAUCUACAGCAAGAACCCCGAUUUCAAGAACAAUUACGGAUGGAGCAAGAAAUUGGAUGAGUCUGAUUAUUCUCCUCUACAACAAUCUGGCAAUGGCGUUUAUCUAGUGAAUCUAUCUCCGGGAUCCAUCAUGGCACCUCAUGUUAAUCAAAGAGCUAUAGAGUAUGGAGUGGUGUUGAAGGGUGCUGGCAGGAUACAAAUUGUGUAUCCGAAUGGGACUUUAGCCAUGAACGCUAGAGUAAGAGAGGGAGAUGUUUUUUGGGUGCCACGGUACUUCCCGAUCUGCCAAAUUGCUUCAACGAAUGGCCCAUUUGAGUUCUUCGGCUUCACAACAUCAGCAAGGAGGAACCAUCCACAGUUCUUGGUGGGUAGGAACUCAUUGAUGCAAAGCUUGAGAGGGCCAGAAUUUGCAGCUGCAUUUGGAAUUGGUCAGAAAAGACUUGAAAGGAUUGUCAAUGCGCAACGUGAACAAGUCAUCUUGCCUUCAUCAUCGUCAGAUUCUCCUCUGAGGAUGAAAACUGGUUCUUAUUAGUUUCUUAGAAACUUCAGUACGUCGUUGGUCCUGUUAAAUUAUGACACGAAAGCUCGAAGCCAAUUUUGUUACUUUUUUUUUCGUCCUGUUAUUCAGUCUGAGUUAACUUGUUUCCUUGGAAGCAAGAUGCAUUGCCCUUGAGUUGUGAAUAAGACGGAUUGGUUUCCUUGACA